CGUUCGCUGUGCACGGUUCGGUGGCUGAAGUGGUCGCGGUCGAAGGAGACGUUCGUGGCCAGACACGUGUUCCCCAGUGAUCGUGACAAGGAAGUUAGAGAAAACCUGGUCAAUCGCUUCACCGAACGAAGAUGGUGGACGUAACAACGGCUCCGCCACCCACCGGUGGGGCAUCUUUAAUUGGACGCACCAGAGGUGCACUUAGGUCCGUCAGAUCUGCUCUGGGAGGCAGUGGAGAGUAUCUUCAGGGUCUGGGUAGUAAGAUAGGAUCCGUUUUAAGUAGUAGUUUAGAAGAGAGCGAAUUGACCACGACCCCGUCUACGCCGCCUUCUUCGCCACAAGCACCACCUCAGACGGCCAAACCGGAAGAGCAGCUGGCUAGGAGAAAAUUAAGACUUCCAAGAUUUGGAGCUGGAAUGUGUUACGAGGACUACGAAGCGAUCGCCAGGCACAAAUUGGAGAGACAGGGUAGUGCGAGUAUGUCCAGAUGCAUGAGAAAAUAUCCGCCUGGAAUGACUUAUGAAGAAAUAGCGUCGUCCAGAUCAGCUGGAAUUAAAACACAGGAGGAGAAAAUCGAGGAUGAUAACAGUCCUGACAGAGACAGUCAAGAAAGUAUAGAACCUCUACAGGAGAAGGAUAUCAAAGCCACAGGACCUGAUCCUUUUGACAAAUUGAAUUAUAGAGCAGACAUGCAGCCUUGCAGCAGCGACUCGAUGAGCGAUCAAGAUGGUUAUGGACCUAGCACCAGUCUCGAUUCCAAUAUGGACGGUCGUCGAUUAUGGCAGCGUUCAGGCUCUUCAGGAUCCGUUCAAUCUUGGGCCUCCAGUUUAUCAGCUGACAGCCAGUCUGAAGAAUCGGCUGCAGAUUUUAUGAAAACCUUUGUGCCUCUCCUAUUCGAUGCUCCGAAUAGUAUCGAUCAGGAGCAGAAAGCUAGUUUCGGUCAAAUGGUUCUUACAGAAUCCGGUAGAAUAUGGUUCUCUCGAGUGGUGAACGCGAGAAGAGCACGACCUUGCGUUACCGAAGAGUCGUUUUACUCUUUGGCGCAGCAUUUUGCAGUGGCACUUUUCGAAUGCCACGAAGCGGACGAUUUUGCACCUGCUAAAAGCCUCAUGAACAUGUGCUUCACGUUUUAUCAUGAAGUGGAGGUACCAGGACUGGAACCCUAUCGCGAGUAUCUGUACACGCAUUUACGAGUGCAACCAAUAUGGACGUCAAUGAGGUUUUGGACCGCAGCCUUCUUCGACGCAGUUCAAUGCGAAAGAGCUUCAAGACCGGUUCCUCCGAGGCCAAAGUCCUUGGAUCAAGAAGCUAUAGCUCUGGAGGAUCGUAAAUUUCAAGCUAACAUCGUAUUUGGACAGUUAGGGACGUUCACGUGUAACAUGCAUGCGUUUGGUCUGUCGCGUGCUUUGUGCCUAGAAUUUCUUAGGAAGCAGUGUGUAAUUGCUAAUUUGACGAAAGAACAAGAAAAGAUGCUGCGCGAUAACAUACAAAGAAUGUUCGACGAAACGGAGCCAUGGCGGUAGUUUCGUUGAACAUCGAUCGAACGAUCUGUGGAAAUAAUUUGUGUUUGAAAACGCCUUCAACAAUCGACGCACCACGUGCGAAGGAAGAUAAUCGUGAUGUUGUCAAUUAAACGAAGAAGAUCUGAUUCGCGAAAGGCAGUCUAAUGAAAUGAAGUCAAUUUGAACGAAUCAAGAGCACGGUUGUAAUUCCAUCGGAUGCGACCGAAUCCAACAGAAUUUCUGGCGCAGACCGUUCCUAAGAUAACUAGACAAAAUUGUGUGAAUUUCAGUCAAUCAAGUGGGACAUUUCUUACUGAAUAAGAAUAACUCGAUGAAUCAGUAACUCGAUGAAUUGAUCGAAGCCUUGGAUGGGAGAAAGGUAAAUAUGGAAGUCAAUUGUAGAGUUUCGUUGAAGUUAGGGUUAGAGUUUUUGUGGUGUAAAUUUGGAGAAACUUGAGUAGUUAAGGAUUUGUUGCUUGUGAUGGAUAUGGUGAUUUAUAUUUGGAGAUGUGGAGGAUUUAAAGGCAAAGUUGUUUAGGUGAAUUGAUUAUUUGGAAAUAUGCUGAUUGUUUGUAGUUACACGUGGAAGGUAAGGGAUUUCAGGAUUUGGGAAUUUGGGUAUUUGGUUGCUUGGAUAUUUAGGGAUUUCGAGAUGUGAAGAU